AUGCUUCAAUUACGAUUAUUGGGAUUCAAAGCAAAAAACUUUAAAGGUAUAUAUGAACACUUUUUAUGGGAAGUGAGAAACAGGAAAUCUCCAAUCUUUCUUCACGAAUUAGCCUGUAGAACUACUACAGUAGGAAAAUAUAAUCUUAAUCUUGUUGUUGAAUUCGUAUUAAAGAAAGGGUUUGUGAUAAAAUAUGAAGAUACCGAUUCUUUGUAUCUCACCUGCCCAGAUAUAUAUUAUGAGAAAUGUGAUGAAGUCUUCUCUAGAAAAGAACUUUCUAAAGAAGCACGUAUGAGAGAGAAAAAUGAGAGGAUUCUUGAUCCCAGUGAAUGCUUUAGCUAUAUUAUUGUAAAAGGUUCACCUCUCUAUAAUAAAGAGGAUAGAAAGGAGCCAUAUAAAGUUGGUGAUUUUAUGGAAUAUGCAGACAUCGCAAAAGAGCAAAAUUUGAAAAUAUAUAUUAAUUAUUACUUAAGAACAACAACAGCAAUAUGUAUAUGCUUUAUCAAUAAAAAUGAUAACUAUCAAUCACCCCUAUCAGAUAGAAUAAUGCAGAUCAAGUAUUCAGAUAAAAGGGAAAAGCAGAUUGAUGAAUAUUCUCAGAAAAAGACAAAAAUUGGCUUAUAA